AUGUCAACCAUCAGAGUAAUGUUGUGGCUGUUGUGUGGGGCUCACACAGCAGCAGCUCGUCAUUUAAGGGGGAAUGAAGACCACAGGCGAGAUGUCCAGCAGUCAGCAGGUGUCCAACAGGAGAAGCAAUCCAUCCAUGAACCUUUGUCUUGGAAGUUUCCAGAUCCACCAGCUGAGGAGCAGCCGCGACACCCUCCAGAGUUUGAGCUGAAGACUCCGACUGCAGCUGACAGCAUCAGUGCUGUCUGUGGGGAGAGCUCUGUGCGGGUGGUGGUCAAGAAAGACCUUCUGGGAAUUGAUAAACCAGUUCUGCCAUCAGAUGUCACUUUGGGAGGUUGUCCUGCCACAGGAGAGGAUCCCGAUGCUCAAGUCCUGCUCUUUGAGUCGGAGCUGCAUGGGUGUGGCAGCCAGCUUCUGAUGUCCCCAGACUCCUUUGUGUACGUCUUCAUGCUGCUCUACAGUCCCAGUCCUCUGGGAGACAGUCCAAUAAUCCGCACCAGAGACGUCUCUGUCAACAUCGAGUGUCACUACCUGAGGAAGCAUGAUGUGAGCAGUGGGUUGUUGACACCCAGCUGGGCUCCUUUCAGUGUCAAGAAAGCUUCAGAAGAAAAUCUCUAUUUCUCCCUCAGACUCAUGACUGAUGAUUGGCAGUUCCCUCGCCCGUCUGCCCAGUUUGUGUUGGGUGAGAUGAUGAAGUUUGAAGUUUCAGUCAAACAGUUUCACCAUCUUCCUCUCAGAGUGACGGUGGACAGCUGCGUGGCCACUUUGGUCCCAAACAUCGACACCGUCCCUCGAUAUGCCUUCCUGGGAAACAAUGGGUGUCUGUUUGACAGUCAGCUGACGGGCUCCAGCUCUCGCUUCCUGCCUCAGUCGCUGGACAACACGCUACAGUUCGAGGUGGAGGCCUUCAGGUUCCAUCAAGACCACAGUGGAGUGAUUUAUAUCACAUGCAGUAUGAGAGCAACAGCAGCAUCUGCAACUGCUGACGCUACAAACAAGGCCUGUUCAUUCUCAAAUGGGUGGUCAGAAGCCAGUGGCGUACAUCAAGCCUGUUCCUGCUGUGAGACCGAGUGUGGGACAGGACAACCGAGUCCUCUGACCAAACAAGGUGAUCAGUGGAAACAGGAAGUGGUUGCUGGACCAAUCGUAGUGAACGAGAGACCUUUACCCUGAAAUAAAC